AAGGACACUGGAUUUUGCUGCCUCAAUCUUUCUCGGGCGCCGCCGCGGACAAGUCGCGUAUUAUUCGUACUACCACAUUACAUUGAAUUAUUUUUGGCGUUCAUUGAAAAUCGAAGAGUAGAAAGAAAGAACCACAGCAAUAAAAUGCGGUGCAGUGGCUGAAUAUGAAUGAAAUCUCGCACAGGAUUUCCAUCAAAAAGAGCUCUGCACAACGACAAAAGUGAUAUAGAAACCUUCAAGCGGGUGUGAAAUAUCCCAGCCACCAAAAAAAUGUCGACAAUUGUGGAACAGGCUGCCACAGCGGCAACAGCAGCAGCAGCAGCAGAAGCAUCCACAGCAUCAUCGGUGGUGGCAUCCACGCCUCCCAUCACCGCCACCGCCACCGCCACGGCAGUGGCAUUAUCCGGCUCACCCACAACAGCCGCGCAGGAAAUUGAACAACUGCAACAGGCAUUAAUCGAGAAACAGUCACAGCUUUACGCCCUGGAAUCCGCGUGCCUGCGCGAGACGGAACGCCAGGUGGAGCUCGAGGACAGCGUGAUAGCGUGGCAGGACAAGUACGAUCGCCUCUACGAGUCGCACAAGCGCGUCCAGAAGGUCAAUCAGAGUCUCGAGGACAAGAUGCUGAAGCUGGUCGACAGGAACGCCAGCGAACGGGCCCAGCUGACGAGCGAUGUGGCCACACUGAGCGUGCGGCUGGCCCAGGCCAACUUCAACAUUGCCAAGCUGCAGAGGGAAAUCGAACGCUACAAGGCUGACAUUAGUCUGGCGAUACAACUGCUGCAAUGCAAACCGGAUAGUUUUGUGGCCCAAAAGGUGUCAUCGCUACCCAUCGAUAUCCAAGCCAAGGUAUCGGCCUACAUGCGACUGGAGACCAACUCGCAUUCCGACUCCGAGUGCAGUAAUAGUGGUGUGGGCGUGGCCACCACAGCUUCCUACAAAGUGCUUCCGGCCUCCGAUUCGCCGCCCCCAGCGGCCUGUCCCUUCCCGCCCACAGCGAUGGUCUAUUCGAUGCGGGGACUCGGUAGGUAUGAAACCAAUGGCAACAAUACGGGCAACAAUCCUCAACAGCAAUCAACCACAAAUAGCAACAACAACAACGCCACCAAGGACACUCUGAACAAAAAUAAUAUUAACAACAAUAAUUCCAACAAUAAUCCACACAAAUUCAACAACAACAACAUCAACAACAACUCCAAUGGAAAUGGAAAUGGGAAUGGAAACGGAAAUCACACGACAAGUCAUUCGAUCAAUCCCAAUCCCGAUAUGAUAUCCCCCACGAUUAUGGCCAAAUUCCUGGAGGACGAACUGAAGGCCAAUGAGGUGAAGCACUGCGACACGUGUGCCUGCAGCAAGCAGGAUCUCCAAGUGCUGGCCGACGUCUCACGUUCCUAUACGGUGGCCACCCAGACGCCCCAUCAGCUGCCCCAUCAUCUCCAGGGAUCGUCGACCCUCAACGAGCCGCUCACCCAGCUGUGCCUCAGGUGCCACAGUAAUCUGAACUCGCCCUCGCGUACGAACAGUCCCUACAUGAUGAAGCUCGUCAAGUCCAGUGAUUCGGUGAUCUCCGAGACAAAGAGCUCGGUGUCGGAUCUGAACGACAUGGACAAACUCUUUACGCCAGCAAAAAAGGAUGAUCUGAUGGUGAAUCCCAUUCUGGGGCACCAUCGGCUGUGCGAGAGGACUGCUGGCGUUACGGCCUCCACGAUGAUGUAUCCGACCACACAUCUGGGGGCCUAUGCGGCUGAGAAGUAUCUCCUGGAGACGAGUAAUCUCGGCCAGCUAAGGAAUGGCUAUCAGAGGAGGUUCCUGGAUGGCGGUGGCACCGCUCUGCAGUUGCUGACCAAAUUCGAAGGAGGUUCAAGUGCCGCUGCAGGACCCCAAGAAGAGCUGGAGGAUGAAUCGAGCAAGCCCCUGCUAGCGGGCAUUUCGCAGGGUAAUCUCCUGGAGGCCGACCAACUGCCACUGCCACAGGUGCCAGUGCAGGCCACAAAGCUGGAGGAUGUGUGCGAGCCGUUACCCUUGAAGACAGCUCCUGUGGCAGCUUCAGGCGUGACUUCUGCUGCAGCUGCAGCGGCAGCUGCUGCCCAUUUGAAGUCCACCAAUUCGGGCAGCGUUCAGAGCCUGUGGAGCAACAAGACCAGCAGCUGUGAAGGAGCCAGAAUGUUUGAGACUUUCAAUCGGAACCUCAUUAAAACCAUUAAGGCGGAGAAUCCCAAGUAUCGAGGACCUCGACUGUGUGCGAUGCGGAUCCAACAGAACGGACAGAGCAACAUCCUUUUGGACAACUUGGAGUCCAUUGAGGCCUACAAGCCCGUGAUCUACAAGCGUCGCGAACGCCUCUUAGAUGAGGAACUCAACGAUGGCAAGGACAUCAUCACGUCGAAGGACAGCAAUGCCGCAUCUGCGGUGGAGGCAUGGCAGGGACCAGCGGCGCCACACGAGAAUGUGGUGCUGCAACCCGUACUAGAACCCCUCGUAGAGCCCCAGCAAGAGACUGAACAGGAGGAGAGCAGCAACAGCAAGCGAGCAGCAGGAGAAACAGGAGGAGGAGCCAUAGCAGCCGUCAGCAGUGGACCGGCAGUGCACUCGCCCAAGCAUUCGGCAAACUCCAGCUCGAUGAGCGAUGCCAUCGACUACCAGGAGAGCGUCCUGCUGCGCCGCCAGCAGCUGAGUCGCGUGGCCGAAUGGGUGCAGCACAACACACAGCAGUUGGAGCAGAGGAAUCUCCAGCAGCCGCCGCUACCAAGCGACUCCACAGCGGGCACAGAGCGACAGUCCUCGUACUCCACGCUAGAUCGGAUGGACUCCAUUUCGAUAGAGAAGCUGUCAAUGGACUCGGGCUACAAGACAACGCCCCAGCAGCUGACCAACGGCCCCACGGAGGACUCACUGUCCCCCAAGACGGACAUCACAAGCAAUUCCCUGCCGGAGGCAGCCGCCGGUGCACCGAUGGCCAAGAAGACAGAGCUCUGCACCACAUACUACAGGCGGACCACCAGAUCGGGACUGCCAGUGGCAUACACCACCACUGCAGCAGCAGCCGCGGCUGCCGCCACUGCCGGCACCACUCCAGGUGGGGACUCGCUGUCGUCUGGCUCCGGCUCGGCGCCUCUGAUGUGCCCGGAACAGCCCACGUGUGAUAUUCUCAACUAUAAAUACUAUCCCAAUGACACGGACAAGACGCGAUCCGUGCAGGCGGAGCUGCACACGACCACACAGCACGUGGACAUCGCCCAGAUGGAGUACAAUGUCAAGCAGUUCCUGCUCAAGCAGAACGAGUGGUCCAUGAGGGGCGGACAGGAUGGUGCCGCCCAAGGAGCUAAUGCCACAGGAGGCGGAGCAGCAGCCAUGCCGGGAGGAGUCCGUCUGGUGCGGCACACACGUCUGAUGGGACCAGGAGUGGGGGAACGGGUGCGUAUGGCCACGCCUGGUGGAGUUGUGGCCGCCCAACCAGGCGCCAUGGCGCCGCACAGAACUGAAACGAAUUUAUAAGAAAAGCGAAGGAAGGGAAGCCAGAAAGAGGAGCACAAGGAGAAGAAGGAGGAGCAGCAGGAGUUGCAGAAGGAAUGGCAUGCCGCAUGGCUGCAAGCGACGAAUUCAAAGAGUAAACCAAACUGUAUUCUAGUCUAGUUUUUGUGUUCUUUGUUUUUUGUUUGCUACUUUUACGUUCAUACGAGUAUUCUUCGAUCCAUAUCCAUAUCCAUAUGGAUCAAGGUAUACAUAUAUAAUAGAAGGCUAAGCAAUGUGCUAGAUGUGACUUAAGUUGGGAUUAGGGCAUCGAUCCGAUAGGAGCAAUGGAUGAUACUAUAUGUACGAUAUAUCUAAUACACACAAACACAAACUACAACUAGGAAUACUGCUUUGUUGCCAUAAGAUUACUCUGUAAAAGAACUUAGAACUGUUUGUGGACAAGGGAGAGAGAGACAGAGAGAGAUAUGUAGUUGUGGCACUUGUGGGGAUCUACCUAUAAGAAUGUUUUCCACAUUUAUUAUGUUUCGUAUGAUAUCAUUCCGUUAUUCCUGGAUAUUUCAUAGCUUUUCUUAUGAAAUUUCAUACUAGACAUUUUUGCAAUAAUAUCAGUCGUUUUUCCUUUAAAAGUUGGGUUUUUAAAUGACCAAAUCUGUUCUAAACAUUCUAAACUGGUUUUAUAAGAAAGUUCUCUUAUAUUCCUUAGUUAUCCUUUUCAAAGUUCCUAUAUUAUAUGUUCAUUAUAGGAUAAGUUCUAAGUGGUUGAGUUUUUAAUGAAUUUAUAGAUUGUCUUGUAAUAUCUUUCCACUAUAAUUUCUACUCAAACUUUUCCAAGUCUUCCGCUUUUAUACUCCCAAAACCACUCUCUUUUCACCAUCUUCCCAAAGUCCGAAAGUCUUCCCUUGAACCUGGAAUUUCUAUGCUUUCUAUUUCCCAACCAAUGCCACAACUCACUCGGACACACCACAACAACAGCAGCAGCAGCUACACCGAAAGCAAAUCUAAGACAUAUGAUAUGGUUAUUCUUUAUAAAAUAAAAAACCAAAAAAAGAAAGAAAGAAAAUCUCAUAACGUAACAUUUUAUGUGUCUGAAUGUUAACCCACAAUUUGAAAACCCAUAAAAGCUUAGGUUAUCAAAGAUAUAUAUUAUAUAUGCUAUAUAUACGAUACGAUUGAUAUUUGAUAAGCGCGUGUUUUUUUUCCAUAAUUCUAGAAUUCCGAUUGUGCAAUAUAUAUUUUUUUUAUUAGCGUAAAAUGAUAUUUUAUUUUUAUAAAAUGCGACCAAAACCAAAAAAAAAAAAGAAAACAAAACAAAUAAAACCAGGGGAAACCUGUUUUAAUUUUGAGAUUUUAUUUGAGAUUUCUAUUGAGCAUUUUCUUCAGGCCUAAAGCUUCAGCGCUAUAGCUAUGAAAACCCGUCGUCUAUUGAAAGAUAUAUACAAAAACAAAAAACAAAAAAAAAAACAAACAAACAAAACAAAAAACAAAAGUACUGUACCUUCUUAGCGAAAAAAACACCACACAACUGUACUCAAUUCCUGCCCAUUAGAUGACCUUCAUAUAGAACCUAUAAUCCUCUGCUAACUGCUAAAUCAAAGAUAUAUAUACACAGACGUACACACACACACACACACACAAGCAUUAUAAACGUAUCUGAACAGACAUAUGAUUGUAAUAUCCCAUAUAUAUUUACAUGCAUCUAUAUAUACAUUAUACAUACCAUAUAUAUCAUAUAUAUAUAUACCAUAUAUAUAUAUAUAGAAUCCAAAUCAUAAUCGUGUAUCCAACCCACAAGAAAACCAACCCCAAGAAAACAUUCAACGGCUUCACAUUUUUCCACUCAUCGAAAAUCAAACAAAAACAAAAACCAAACAAACAAAAAAAAAACCCAAAAGAAUGCCUCGAUAUUUACUCGAUAUUUAUAUCUACCUACUAUAUAUGUAUCUGUAUAUCUAUAACUCCGAUUUUUUUACCAUGUGUCUACACUGAGCGAAAUGCUUAAAUGGAAAUGCUUUAAGACGAAUGUUAUGUUUGGCCCAAUUCUAGCGUAAUUUCCUACUCUAUCCUUUGCCUGUUAAGCACUCGAUCAUCCUAUGAUAUUAUCGCUGAAAUCAAAACAACUUUGGCUUAAGUUUAUGAACCAAUCUAAUGAAAGACUUGUCGUUUAUUAAGGAACUCGAAUCAUUUUCACCCUUUACCAUUGUAUAUCUCUCAUGCUUCAGUCUUUGAUGCUGCAAUCAAUGAGCCUUCUAUUUGUUAUCGUGCGAUAUGUAGGCCUUCUAUCUCUCAUCCUUCAAUCUUUGCUCUUGCCACCUACCUAGCCCACUAGCACCUUCAAUCUUUUAUCCCCUGACACCUGUGACUCCCUCAAUCUCAGCUCUCUCCUUUCACCUUCUUUCAUCCUCCAAUCUGUGGUCCAACAAUCUUUGCUCCCUUCACCUGGUAACCCCUUCAAUCUUCAAUCUCCAUCGACCCAUAGCUCCCUCAAUCGUUGCUCCUUUCACCUGUGGAACUCCUGUGCUCAACAAACAAAUUAUAUCAACAUUCAAUCAAAUCCCUGUCCCACGUCCCCAUAUACACUGCCCCGCCCCCCAAUCAGACCCCCCUAUACCCCCAUCAUCUACCCCCUACCACCAAAAAAAACUAACUUUAAGUAGAAUCAUUAUCCAGCUCAAAAGACAACACACAAAACCAGUGCGUAAGGCUGCUUAUAAGAAAAGCAUUCCCUUAGCUAAAGAAUUACUAAAAGAAAGAAAGAAAAAAGAAAAAAAAAAAAAUUGAAAUGGAAUUUCAGCAAAAAAAAAAAAAAA